CGCGUGUUACACCCAAAAUAUUCCCACAUGUUGGUCACUUGUCUACUGAAGAAAAAAAAUGCUUUUCGUACUUUGAUAACUGGGCGAGUAUUUUUUUUUUUUUUUUAAUGAUAUGCUGGGGUAUUGGUGCUAAGUUAGCAUAAAUGUCGGACACCGGAGGGGAGUGGCAGGUGGCUCGGCGACGAAAAGGUGCGUCGAGGAGCUCAAAGUCUCUUCAGGUGUCUGCAGCAUGCGGGCAGGAGCCGCUGGACGUCGGGAAAACUGUUAAACGCAUCAGAGACACCGUGUCUGAACUAAGAUGCGAAGACUUUUGGCACGAUUGGAAGGAGCAGCUCUUGGUGGCGGCAUCAGCAUCUCUCUCAAAAUCUCCAGCGGACAAGGACGCUGAGGACCAGCCGGAGCGGAUAACCAAGACAUGCCAGCAGCUGGAGUGUGUGUGUUAUGGCCUCGGUCCGUUUGCCUCCUGUGUCUCAGCCCGCUACCAGCUUGCCAUGUUGCUUCUUCUACUGGAAGCAGGACAGAUUCCUCUAAAGGACUGCUCUGUCUAUGAUCCAGUCUUCUCCUCUGGAGAGAGAGAUGUUCUGAGAGACCUGGGUCUGACUGUACUCUCAGAAAAUGAGGAGGGGAAACGUUUGGUAGAAAAACCCACAUUUUUUUACCUUAUGCAUUGUGGGAAAGCCCUCUACAACAACCUUCUGUGGAAGAACUGGAGUGCACGGGGUCUCCCUCUGAUGAUAAUCAUCGGAAACAGCUUCACUGGGAUGAGGGAGAGGACGAUCGAGAAAGAGUUUAAGCGAGAUUACAGCUACAUCAGUAAGGCUGUGGAUUUUAGUGUGGAGAGAAAGCUCGCAUGCCCAUCUCAUCUGAUAGACGUCUUCAAUGACACAGCAGUCAUCACAUUUCCUUCCAACAGCCUUAACGGUCUCCCACAGUCUACCUGGGCAGAGUCACCUGAGCCACAGUACCAGCACAGCCCUGAUUUGGAGAUUAUACUGAAGGAAACUCGGAGCUGAGGCAGGAGAUGGAUAUGGGACGUUUUUUAUUGACUGUUGUCAUUCAUAUGACAAUUUUUUUUUUUUUUUUAAUGGACCUGUUGUACUUUUACUUAAUUAUAUAUGGUGACAAUGAUGGGUUUUCAUAUUAAACACUGACCAUGUUUCAGAGUUUUCCAGUGAGCUAAAACCUCAGGGAUCAGACUGCCCUAAACUCGCUGUUUAAGACCAUCAGGGAACCUUAAUUUGGUCAGUUCCAGAUGUAAGGGACAGAAGCCCCUCCCACUUACUGUUCAAACCCUCUGUUUGUAAGCAGAAGCCAAUCAAAAGAAAGCUGGCAUAAAAUGGAGGGGAGCUAAAACAGCUUCUUUACAAACAGUGACAAAUUGAGGGGCUGGGCAUGAAGGCCCACUAUAAAAUAAGGAUUAUUUUGAACUGUGGACCACGCGAUCUAUUCAAGAAAAGCACAAGAAUUAAAUUGUUGAAUAACAAA